AUGCGUCUCCCGUCGUCCAGCGACUACAAUGAAUACUUUGUGUAUCCCGAGGAUUCAGAAUCCUUUAGACGGGAGACCGAGCUCCCAUCGAAGCUCGAUUUCAUGGAUGGUUUAAGAACCUUGGAAUUCGAGUCAUCCACAACAUCAACGGUGCUGUGGUCCUCUGAUGACCUCGAUCCUCACCUCGAGGAUAUGGACGAUGCAGCAUACAUUGAGAAUCUGGCUAUCGACCAAAUGCAGGCAUCUGACACUACUCGAUAUCGGUAUCUAGGGUCAUCUGCAACUGGAGACUUCUUAGGUUUGCCGCAGCUGAGCCCCGACGAAUCACCGUUCAGUGUCGCGUCGAGUAGGUCUCCCUUGACCCCGCAAGGCGGCGCCCUUCUCCCUGACCUCUUCUGCGGUCCACUGGGGGACUUCGGGCCUCUCGAUGUGGCAGCGGAUUGCAGCCCGUUUUUUGAGCAAGAAGGAUUUAUGGAAGACUCAGCUUAUCCUGAACAACUUCAAGAAGACCUUGCCUGCCGGACAGUCUUGGAUAUGCCCCCUCCAGUAUCAUCCUUAAAGAAUGUCUCUCAGCCGAUGCUUCUGCUUCCAGUUGACGAUGCCAGACUGGUGCAUGACUCGUCGUCUAUCUUGCGAGACUCUGAUCCCGCGGAGCGAUCUCGUUUCCUAAGAUUCACAGAGGACUUGACGGAGAACGUUACAUCACAAGUGCAAAUCUGCAUUUCUCCAAGCCCAUCUCCCUGUCCGCUCCGCGCUAAUGUACGACAUCCGAGUCAGCUUUCAUCGCCUUUCAACCCAAGUCAUGUUGGUAUUAAACCGGCUGAUGUUUGUCGAGGAGUCAAGCGGCGGCGGACCGAUGAUGACGAUGACGAUUACCAACCCAGUCGCAUCCAUAAACGUGCAGCAUCGUCCCAUACGCUGUUGUAUCCAGCAGCAUCCAAGAAGGCUCGAAAAGUCGGUCAUCGUUCCUUUAAAAGAGUGACAAGGCCCGAAGGAGCUAAGGAAGAGCGAUUUGACUGCUUGAUGAAAAUUCAUGGCUGCAAGAAAUCUUUCACGCGUAGAAACGACAUGGAGAGGCACCUGGGGAGUUGCAGGUUUAGCCCAGACUUGCCCUCUAUGACAGUGAAAUGUCCUCACUGCCAGAAAUCCCUGUCUCGUAAAGAUGCUCUGUUGCGCCACAUUAAGCAGAGCCAUCUGGAUGACCAGUAG